GACUGAUUACGUAGCGGGCGGGGCCGGAAGUGCCGCUCCCUGGUGGGGGCUGUUCAUGGCGGUUCCGGGGUCUCCAACAUUUUUCCUGGUGGUGAUUCUAAACCCGUCCGCAGCGGAGGCACCGGAGCUUGAGGUUCUUGCUGGUGUGAAAUGACUGAGUACAAACUGGUGGUGGUUGGAGCAGGUGGUGUUGGGAAAAGCGCGCUGACAAUCCAGCUAAUCCAGAACCACUUUGUAGAUGAAUAUGAUCCCACCAUAGAGGAUUCUUACCGAAAACAGGUGGUCAUAGAUGGUGAGACCUGUCUGUUGGAUAUACUGGACACGGCUGGACAAGAGGAGUACAGUGCCAUGCGGGACCAAUACAUGAGGACAGGGGAAGGUUUCCUCUGUGUGUUCGCCAUCAAUAAUAGCAAGUCAUUUGCAGACAUUAACCUCUACAGGGAACAAAUUAAGCGAGUGAAGGACUCAGAUGAUGUACCGAUGGUGCUAGUAGGAAACAAGUGUGAUUUACCAACAAGGACAGUUGACACGAAACAAGCCCAUGAACUGGCCAAGAGUUAUGGGAUUCCAUUCAUUGAAACCUCAGCCAAGACCAGACAGGGUGUUGAAGAUGCCUUUUACACACUGGUAAGAGAAAUACGUCAGUACCGAAUGAAAAAACUCAACAGCAGUGAUGAUGGGACUCAAGGUUGCAUGGGGCUGCCUUGUGUGGUGAUGUAACAAGAUACUUUUAAAGUUCUAGCAUCAGAAAAGAGCCACUGUCCAGCUGCACUGACGCCCUGGUCCUGACUUCCCUGGAGGAGAAACCAGUAUUCCUGUUGCUGUCUCAGUCUCACAGAGAAGCUCCUGCUACUUCCCGACUCUCCGUAGAUCAGUACAAUGUUCUCCAUCUGAGAAAUCUCAGAAUAACUACCUCCUCACUUGGUUGUCUGGCCAGAGAAAUGAACCUCUUGUUACUCCCCAAUAUUUUUCCACUCUGGGUUCUGCCCAAACACUCUGCCACCCCAGGUUUUACAUCUGAAAAGCAAUUCAUGCUCUGAAACAGAGAACCAAACUGGAGACAUGAAAUUCUCUAGAAAACAAUGUCUUGAGCUCUAAUGUAGCAACUGCUGGUGAUUAUCUUUUUUUCUUUUUACUGUUGAACUUGGAACUCUAUUGCUUUUGUGGGAAAAUGUCAGAAAUUACUGUUUUGCUGAGAAUAUAGUUAAUGUUGGUGUUUGGUUUGUUUUUUAAUGUUAUCGGCUAUACUCCAUAAACUGGCAUCUGCUCUGUAUUCGUAAAUACAAAGGUGAAUACAGACUUUGGAGUCUCUCCUACUCUUCUCGACUUUCAUGCAAUUAAAUUUAACUUUCACAGUGAAGUGCCUUUUUCCUAGAAGUGGUUUGUAUACUUCAGUGGAGUGGAUGUUUCAAAGACCAUUACAUGUGCAAAUGAAUGUCUGAGUUAUGUCUGUGAACUGUCUGCCUUUGAGGAAAAGAUGUGCCGAUACAGUAGCAGAUGCCACUUUUUACCUACACGAAGUUGGCUUUGACCUGUUUUUAGGUUCUCCCAAGAGAAAGAUGAAACUGGAAACAAUUAUAUUUCACUUAUUUUUCACCUGUGCUCCACUUUUUUUUGUAGGUUACUAACUAUGAAAUGUAUGCAAUUUGUUUCUUCUAGUUUACUGGUAAUCUAAUGUUCAAUGAACUUCCGUUUGUAUUUAAAUUUGGGUUCUAUCGGAAAGCUCUACAUUUACAGGUGUGCAAAAUUGUAAACAUUUGAUGCUGUUUUAUUUAAUAUUGUGAUCAAUGAUUUUCAAGCCUCAGACAUAAUAUAUUAACAGACACAUUUUCAGUACAUAUCUUGGUAUCUUAGUGAUGUAUAUAAUGGCCCUCAGUCACCUUUUCACCCCACCCUCCAUCCCUCACCCACAGCGACUGCAGUUUGAUUCAUGAUUUCAGUUGAGUAAAGCAUGGUGCUACAUGGACCAGGGUUACCGCUCCAAAACCUGAGCAAACCCGUUAGCAUCACAGAGGGAGCAGCUCUCCCACGUCUGCUCCUUGCACCGGUAACCCCAGCUGUUAGUUUGCCGAGUGCAUGCUGUUACCCUGCAAGGCACGCAAAGGUCAGUUCACACGAGUCCUUUAUCACGACGGGGAAAGCUGGGUACCCCGAGGAGGGUCAGCUGAGCAGUCUUCAUAAACAGUGUCUAGACUCUUUUUUAGCCACCUGGACACUAAAUGAAGCCCAUAUUUUUUGUCAUUAUGUUUUUUAGCAUGAGGGUACCUCCGAUCAAAAUGUUUUGAAAUUUCCUUUACUCAUAAUGUUCUUUGAAGAGUUUAAGACGAGGUGUUGAUGUGUUAGUCUGCAUACGAGCUAACAGAAGCUGAGUGCUCAGAGCAAGAAGCCGUUGAAUUGGAAUUGCUGUUAAGAAAGGAAUGGAAACCAUAAUGAAUUGUCUUGGCUUUUCCAUUUGCAAAUAAGAUCCUGGUAAUUCUAAUGAAAAAUAGACUUAGGUAACUUUUGAUAAAAGCCUAGUUCCAAAAUGGUCCCUUUCUGCUCUGGUCUUUCAGUAUGUAAAUACUUACUGAGGUCCUCUGUCUUCUAAUAUGAAUUUUCACUUAUUAAGCAAACUCCACAUUGCCUUGAACUGAAGUCAGAAGAGAGGAAGAACUCUAUUCUGUGUCCAGAGUUGAAUGAACUCAGCGCGCCGUGCUCCUCGGCGUUCGUUCUGAGUUUUCACAGUGCUGUUGACACCUGGUAGCAGGAACUUGCUGCUGCUUUUGGAGCGUUGCUCUGUCAUUUUUCUUUUUCUGAUAUAUGUUUAUUGAUUUCAGAGAGGAAGGGAGAGAGGGAGAGAGAUAGAAACAUCAAUGAUGAGAGAAUCAUCAAUUGGCUGCCUCCUGCAAGCCCCUUACUUGGGACCGAGCCCACAACCCCAGGCAUGUGCCCUGACUGGGAAUUGAACUGUGACUUCUUGGUUCAUAGGUCAAGGCUCAACCACUGUGCCACACUGGCCAGACAGGCACUUUGUCAUUUUCCUUGAGGCUGGAUUGAGGCUUGUCACCUCAGUUGCCCUCAUUUGUCCUUGUCUCCCUCUUCCUCCUCUUGUGUAUGUUACUGACAGUAUGAUUCUUUUUCUAAUGUCACAUUAGGGGGAAGGAUAUCUGAUUGGGGGCUCUUGCACCCAUAGCCCUUGUAUGUAACUUACCAUUCUCUCAAGUAUGUUGUAAGCACAGAAGUAUCUAAAUGGGGCCAAAAUUCAGACUUGAAAAAUGUUCUUUUAAUAGCUUCUUAAGAAGUUACAUUUAGGUAUGAAUUUUGGCACAGUAGAGUGACAAAGUUACAGUUCAUGCUGAAAAGCUUCAGUUAGUGUGGUAUAAAGUGUGGUGUUUAGAGUAUGUUUGUAAUUGCUGAAAACAAUUCUAAUUUACCUCAACAUCUGAAAGUCUCUCUCCCCAAGUUAAGUGCCUGGCCAGCUGUUGUAAAUUACACAUUACUUUGUUUUUUAAAGGUUGCACGUUCAAGAGUGUGAAAAUACGAUGUUCUGUCUAAAGGCUACCACGCCUAACCUGUUAAGUGCUGUAUUCGCUCCAACAGCUUACUAUAGAAUGUUACUUGGUAAUACAGUAUCAUUGCUUGUUACAGUUUUCACUUUAGGAGUGCAAUGGGUAAAAUUGUUCUCAGUAUGUAUUUUAGUGGGCCCCGUGUUUAGUCUGUUCAUCGUCCUUUAAACUGCUGUGAAUUUUUUGUCUUGACUUGAAAUCAAGAAUAGAGAAACACUUUAAAGAGCUAUUUUGUUUUUUCCCAUUCCAGAAUUGUUGAGCGUAAUGAUAUGCUGUUUUACAUUUACAGUCGUGAACUCUUAAGCUGGCAGCUACAACAAAGAACCAAACAGUGGUGCGCUCUGCUUCUUGUAAUUCAUCUCUGCUAACAGGUUACAAGAAGCAGGGCUAUUAAUUAGGGGAAAUAUUUUAUUUGGGUUGUUUUCAUAAACAAGGGACUGUAACUUUGUACGUUGUUUUACAUCUCUGCUGUUUCUUUAAGCAGUCCAGUGUGCCACAUUAUCUGAAGGUGUUCCCUGCGAGAAUUGUUUGAAAAGUGUUCUUGGUAUCAAAGUAGUUGUAGAUGUAGUUCAAAUAUAACUGGUGAUUUUUAAAAGCCUGAGUACUGACCUGAGAAGCAAUUGUAUGACUUCUACUCUGGAGGGAAGGGAUCUCAAUGGAUGUUGUGUGACUUUUAUAUUUCUGUGCCAUCAAAUAUAGGUCAAAUGAUUGAUUGUGCAAUUCUGCUGUUUAAACGGCAACUAUUGGCCUCCUUGGCCCUAAAUGAAAGGGCUGAUAUUUUAAGUUGCCUAUUUUAUUGUAAAUUAAUCCAUCUAAUUUUUAAAAUUUUGGUUGAAUGUUUUUCUUUUCAAAUGUUUAAAAAAUAAAAACUGGAAGUUCUUUGCUCAGUUA